UACAACUCUGUUAUCGUUGUGUUGUCAUCAUUGUGAAAAUAUGGCAGAUACAAAUUUGCCGCUUCGUCUAACUUUAGAGUUUGGUGGAGGAGCAGAGCUGCUGUUUGACAAAGUGAAGAAACAUACACUGGAGUUGCCCCAUACUGACAAGACAUGGACAGUUCGGAAGCUUCUUUUGUGGAUUAAGGAUAACUUACUGAAAGAAAGACCAGAGCUUUUUCUACAAGGAGAAACUGUGAGGCCUGGUAUACUUGUUCUUGUUAAUGAUGCUGACUGGGAACUCUUGGGGGAGCUUGACUAUGAGCUGCAGCAAGGUGAUAAUGUGAUGUUCAUAUCGACCCUUCAUGGAGGCUGAAGAGUCCUGAGCACUGUGCAACAGUGGAAUUUUGGCUUUAACCCUGCUGUUGACACAGCAUUAACAUACUAAUUUAUGUACAAUACUUUUCUAAAAAUAUAUGUAUAUAGAUGUAUAAA